UUUGGUGUUGCCAGGUGACUUCUGCAACAGUAACACUAUUCCCAUGCAACACAACCAACUAUGGAAGUUACGGAAAACUCUGAGGAGGUGGAGCAGUCUAAUGAGAAGGAGAGGCUGAAGAUGAGAAUAGCUGUUUUGGAAGAGAGUGUGAGGUCUUCUGAGGUGGAAUGUAAAGCCAGCAGGGAGAUGGUCCUGAGGCUGGUGGCAGAGCUGGACCGUGAGAGGAAGAAGGCUGCCAGUAGUGCAGCAGCACUCGAUUCACUCAAAGUGGAGUUAGAUGACCUGGCUGUGGGAAGGAAGAGUGUUGAGAUGGACAAGGACACACUAAUGGAGAUGCUUGAGGCCAGCAAGAGAGUGACAGAAGCAGCCAAGCGAGAGUCAAACUGUCUGGAGAAGCAGGUGGAGGAGCUUGAAAGAAAGCUGGUGUCAAGCCAAGGAGAGACUCAGGCAGCAGAAGACAAACUAAAGAUGUUCCUGAAAAAUGUGGCAGACCUGCUGUGGGCCAAAUCUGAAAAUGUCAUCCCACCCACAGAAAAAAAUAUUUUACAGAAACUGGAUAAGACCGUGUCGGAGAUGCAGACCAGACUGUGUUGUGUCUCUGAGGAGCUGAGAGAGCAGGCAGAGCUGCAGCACGGCACACUACAGAGGGCAAAGCUAGCAGAGCAGCAAGUCCAGGACCUGAGGGAGAGACUGCAAAGUCUAGAAACUGAGCUGAUGACAGCGGACAUGCGUCGAGAUGGCCUGAGACAGAGCAAACAGCAAUACGAAGAGUUCCUGGAACAGCUGUCAUCGACAAUGAUGGUCGACAGCGUUGCUCUUGAUCUCGGCUUCGACAUGAGGCUCAAACUCAUCCUGUCACGUGCAGAGCAACUUGUCAAACGAGAAGGAGCUGCUUUGAUGGAGAGCAAAAAUCUGACUUACAAUCUACAGCGAAAGUUAAAGUCACAGAAGGAUCAACUAGAGAGCAAAGGACUCCAUGUCCAGUUCCUGAGAAAGAAGGUGUCAGAGCUGGAGGAGGAGAAGAGGUGUCGGUCAGCGUUGGAACGAGAUGACGCUCAUCUGGAGGCCAAGAGGAUGCAGAAAAAACUAGAGCGUCUCCAGAGCGAGCUGAAGGCCACCAAGCAGUCCAACACUGAGCUCAAGGCUCAGCUGUCCCACACUAAUGAGCUCAAGUUGAAAGUGAUGGAACAGAGUCAGAGCAUGCAGGAGCAGAAAAAGAAGCUGGAGCAGCUGGCGGAGGGGAAGGCCAAGGCAGAGAACACGCUGAGUUCAGUGAGCUGGGACCUUCAGAGUCGAGAGAAACAGACCCAAGAGGAUCAGCAACAACUCAGCAGCCUCAGACAGAGCCUGGUUCUGCUGUCUGACAGGGAGCGAGAACUGGAGGAUUUCCGGAUGGUGGUUUCCCAGAUGCUUGGUUAUGAUGCCACAGCCCUGACUCUCCCAAAUAAUGAAAUCAUCAAAUUACUGGAGUUACUUAUUCACAAUCAUCACCACCAUCACCAUCUUCAUCACCACGUGAAGGUGCCCUGGCUCUGUCCUACUCACCAGAGGCCUCACCAUCUCCACCAAAUCCAGGACAGCUGCUCCCUGGACGUUUCUACCUCCAGGUCAGCUCAUCCAGAUGAUGCAGUUACCCUUUAAAACAAUUUAAAAUAUUUCAAUAAAGCCAAAUCUUACUUUAAAUAUAAGUAAUAUGGUUGUGGAAACAAAAAUAAAACACAUUAUCCCUAAAAUUUCCCACCUGUGUUUUCAAAAAUGACAUUAAGAAAAGACAAAUAUCAAAAUAAGGAUUUGGCAUUCAUUGUUUUACAUGGUCGUGUAUAGAUACAUUUCUCAUCAAAUUUUUUUAACAAGUAUAUACAUAUACAUAUGAUCUCUGACUGUUAUACAUUUGAUACUGAGCUGGCAGUCAUACAAAAUAUACAAUUGUUCUAUAUGUCACAGUUCUCAAUCUUAAUUCAUACUUUUAAAAAAUAAAAACAUGUGUAAAGAC